UGGGUACUUAAUUUUGAACGACUCCAAGAAGCGCAGAUGUAGAGAACUUUAACUGGAACAAGAUGAAACGGGAGCAAGUCAUAAACUGCAUGUUCUCCAGGUGGUAUCCUAAGUUUAAACAUUUAAGCAUAAAAAGCCACAUCAUCCCUCUUCCAGUGGAGUUCAUUGACUACCUUAAUUCUGAUGGUGUAGUUCUACCCAAGGAGUCUAUUCAAGGUCAAGGCCAGAGCCAAGAAGAGGAGGAAGAAUGGGAUAUGGAUACACCACAUGCAAAGCCUCCAAGUUUUCCUCAGUUUGAAGCCCAAAUCAAGAAGAGUAUUGCAACUUUAGGUGGAAAAGUGUUUCCCAAACUGAACUGGAGUGCCCCAAGAGACGCGACAUGGAUAGCGUUUGAUCACACUUUAAAGUGCACAAAUCCCAGCGAUAUCUACCUCCUACUGAAGAGCUCCGAGUUCGUUAUGCAUGACUUGAAUGAACCAUUCGUAAGAUGUGACGAUUCCGACCCAGAUCACGAGGCGAAAGUCCAAUACGAAAUGGUUCUUCGGAAAUGGUUGGACCUGAAACCAGGCCUGGAAUUCCGAUGUUUCAUCAAGAAAAAUAAAUUAAUAGGUAUUUCUCAGAGGCACCCAUGUGAUUUCUUUCCAUUUCUUGGAAAGGACAACGGAGCCAUUGUGGAGGACAUCAAACUUUUCUUUUACAAUAAGAUUUAUAAACAGUUUCCGGACGAGAAUUAUGUGUUUGACGUAUACAGGAAGUCUGAGCAUAACAUUUUGUUGUUGGAUUUUAACCCUUUUGGUCCAGUAACAGAUGGACUGUUGUUUGAAUGGGAGGAGCUGGACAGCUGGCCUGAUGGCGACUCUGCAAGCGAAGAGGUCCCAGAACCGGUUUUUCGUUUCAUCGAAACAGAGAUGGGUGUGAAACCGAGUCCGUACCAGCAACACGGUAUACCCGUAGACAUGGUCGACCUGGCCGCGGGAACAGACCCACACAAACUGAUAGAUUUUUUACAAAUGAAAACGCAGUCUCAGCAGGACGACUCAUCAGGUGAAGAUGACAGCAGCGAUGACAAACCAGAGGAAAACGUGUCAAACGUCUUAGCAAAGAGGACAGAUGGUGACAACAAAGAUACUAACAAUUCAGAUUCAAAGACUUGCACUGCAGAUUCAGCAACCAUCAGUUGAUUAAAAGCAGAAAUAUCAUAAAAAUAUUGCAAAUGAUGAAAAAAACUGAUAUUUAUGUCACAACCAAUGAAAACAAGGACCAGUUACAUUUUUUUGCAGAUUGCCUUUUUCACAAGGCAUUUCAAGAUACAUUUGCUACAAAAAACAAUGCAAACAUAUUAAUAAAACUUUUUUGUACUAUGUAAAUAGCUUUAUUAAUAAAUAUAUACAUAAUAUGACUAAUGCUUUUUUUAAUGGCUAUAAAAAUUAAUAAUAAAAGCAGAAAAAGAAAUUUCUAAACAUGUUUAAAUUCAUAAAAGAGUUUGAAAAGACAAAUUUGGAGAAAUAAAUCAGUUGAAGUUGAAUGUAUGCACUUCAGUUGAAGAA